UCAGUGCUCAGUCCCCUAAAAUCAGGGGCCAGGAGGAACCCCGUUUGCAUCCGUGCUGCCCUAGCGAAGAUCACCUCGACUUUGGUCUCUUGGAACUAUCUGCGAGGGGCAGCUAUAAAUUGCAGGGUGGUUGAGCUGCUGGAAAAUCUGCACUGACACAGAGGAAGUUCUGAGUCUGGAGCACUGAGUGACUGCACACCUUAAAUUCUUGCCAUCAGGAUGGGGAAACAGAACAGCAAGCUGCGCCCAGAGGUCAUGCAGGACUUGUUGGAAAGCACAGACUUUACAGAGCAUGAGAUCCAGGAAUGGUACAAAGGCUUCUUGAGAGACUGCCCCAGUGGACAUUUGUCAAUGGAAGAGUUUAAGAAAAUAUACGGGAACUUUUUCCCUUAUGGGGAUGCUUCCAAAUUUGCAGAGCAUGUCUUCCGCACCUUCGAUGCAAAUGGAGAUGGGACAAUAGACUUUAGAGAAUUCAUCAUAGCUCUGAGUGUAACAUCCAGGGGGAAGUUGGAGCAGAAGCUGAAAUGGGCCUUCAGCAUGUAUGACCUGGAUGGAAAUGGCUACAUCAGCAAGGCAGAGAUGCUGGAGAUUGUGCAGGCGAUCUACAAGAUGGUUUCCUCUGUGAUGAAAAUGCCUGAAGAUGAGUCAACCCCAGAGAAAAGGACAGAGAAGAUCUUCCGCCAGAUGGACACUAACAGAGAUGGAAAACUCUCCCUGGAAGAGUUCAUCCGAGGAGCCAAAAGCGACCCCUCUAUUGUGCGCCUCCUUCAGUGUGACCCCAGCAGUGCUGGCCAGUUCUGAACCUUCCCACGCCACGAAUCCUAGAGCUUCUUGUGUUCCCUUUUGAUUCUUCUCUUUACUUUGUUGUUGUUGUUGGUUUGGGGGUUUUUUUUGGGGGGGGGGUCCGGGGUUUUUUUUGCCAAACAAUAUUGAUGGUAACACUGUCUCCUGUGCAGUCAGAUGCUUCUUCCUCUGUGACUCCCUCACCUGCAGCUUCUCUCCUCGUGGACGCUUCGUGGGAAUGCCCAGAGCCUCAUUGCACUUGUGGGAAGCAUGAACAGACUCUGUGGUGUUUGUCGUUCAGUGACUUUAAUUGUUGUGUUUUUUUUCUUUUGAUUCUAAUGUCUUGGUUCUGAAACCUAAAACUCUGGGGAAGGGCCAAGCAAAGGGAAUUGUAUGCAGCCCGGUGCAGUGAUUUGUUGAAAGUUUCCAGGAGUUUUGUUGGAAAGAUGAAAUUCCCCAAUUGGGUCUGUCUGUACAUAUUGUAGGGACUGAAAUGGCACCAGAGGCUAGAAUUCCCAAGAACAAGGUAUCCUUUGGGGUGAAGCUAUUAAAAACAGGUUGGGAUGUUUGCACUUCACCCUUCACCCCAACAGGCUGUAGUUUCUAAGCUGUGAACAUUUCAAAGUAGAUGAAUGGAGGAGAGAGAAAAGAUGGCUCAGCUAUUUUCUCAAGGUUUACAUUAGUUGAGCUAAGAUGAGUUUCUUUGGAAAUCAAACACAAAAGGCAAUGUAGUCCCAGAACCAGAUCCAUUUGUUGCCUCUUGUAAUUUCAAACAACAACAACAGAAGACUGCUGUAUAUAAAAUAUUGGGUAUUACAGACCAAAUUAAGUGUUUUGCCUUGUAAAUGCAUGUUUAGUGAGCACUAAUACAAUCUUAUUAUGGAAGACUGUUUUUAGUAGCUUAUUGUAAAGUAAGCCAACUAUAAUGAAUGUCUGUCUUGCUUUAAAGUCAUAUCUUUGUACAAAUGUACCAGUCAACAAGCAUAUUUUAUAUAUUCCAUCAAAGUAGUAAGUAAUUAUGAUGAGGACCCAACUUUGAUCUGAGGCGCUUUUCUGGAGUUACAGGGCAGGUUACAGGGAUGAUGACAAUUGGAGCACCAGGAAGUUGACAUGGCUGAGAGUAGCCAGGCUGGCAGUGUGCCAGCUCAGCCUAGCAGCCCUUUGGUAGCAUGACAUUGGAGGUGUGGAUGUUUUACAAGCAGAUGUAUACUCCUGAGACAUGAAAAUAUAGCUGAAGUCCAUAAGGACUGCUCAGUGAUGUAGCCCACGUUCUUGAUGAAGAGUCAUAACUUGACAAGUUCAGAGGUCAGGCCAUUGCCAUCAUAAGGAGGAAAGAGGAAGCGUGUCUGUGUUAUCUAAGGCCCACUGUGGGGCACCCAACAGUUAGUUCUGAUCCUUGUGUUCUGUGAAUGUAGAAGUGAUAUCACACGUUUGGGCUGGUCACCACACACAUACUUAUUUCAGUUGAAGAUUGAGAGUAAAAGCUGCUAAUUACAGGCAAGUCAAGCAGUUGGCCUGGGGAGACCCAAAUUCUCAAGGAUGUGGGUGUGGGGAACCUGCUUCAGAGAAGGCAGAGAGGCCCCCAAGGCUCCAUCUACUGCCAAGCCGCUUUCGAUAGAACAGGAGCCACAGAAAGAUAAAAACAACUACACAGAGAGUGAGGCUGUGUCCAUUCCGACCUCCAGAUACCUGUGUAUGAUUUGAGCCCAUUCUAAGAGGUAACAAGUCCAAAUUUGUAUGAUGAGCUCAAAAUGAGCAAACUUGUAGAGUACAAUUUUGAACCUUGGGCUCAAUGAUCAUAAUCUGCCUUGGAGUGUCAGUUCCUCAUGUUCUAUACCAAAACCUGCCAAAUUCUUCUCUAGGUAAGGUUUGCUUUUGCAAAAUAGGGAAUUAAUCUAAGAGUAGAGAGAGGGAGAGAAACCCAGCACAUUCAACUGCUGGAGUUCGGGAGUUACUUCCAAUUUUUCCUAUACCGGACUGAAAACUCAAUUCUUCCUUUUACUUCUUUUCUCCUGAAGCCAGUUAAUGUUGGAGAAACCUGCCUGGGCUUUGCCCUCAGUCAUGACAUCUGGCUGAGCCAGACCUACUGUGUGGCUCACACCUAUAAUCCUAGCAACUCAGGAGGUUAAGCA